CAACUUGCCCCGAAAAGAUACAAGUAUGCAGAUCUGAAGAAGAUAACAAACUCUUUCUGUGGCAAACUUGGCCAAGGAGGUUAUGGCAUUGUGUACAAAGGUAGCCUGCAAGAUGGUCGUUUGGUGGCUGUGAAGUUCUUAAGAAACUCCAGGGGUGAUGGAGAGGAAUUUGUGAACGAAGUUGUCAGCAUUGGUAGGACCUCCCAUGUUAACGUUGUUAGUCUAAUUGGCUUUUGCUUAGAGGGGUCUAAAAGGGCUCUCAUUUAUGACUAUAUGCCCAAUGGAUCACUGGAGAAGUACAUCUAUUCAGAGAACCCAAAAACUACUCUUGGCUGGGAAAAGUUGUACGAAAUAGCAAUUGGCAUUGCCCGAGGGCUAGAAUAUUUGCAUCGAGGGUGCAACACACGCAUAGUACACUUUGACAUCAAACCCCACAAUAUCCUUCUAGAUCAAGAAUUUUGUCCUAAAAUUGCAGAUUUUGGGUUAGCUAAAUUAUGCCCUCCGAAGGACAGUACCCUUUCAGUGACAGGUGCUAGAGGAACCAUAGGGUUUAUCGCCCCAGAAGUCUUCUCUAGAAAUUUUGGAGUUGUUUCUACUAAGUCAGAUGUCUAUAGCUAUGGAAUGAUGGUUUUAGAAAUGGUUGGAGGAAGAAAAAAUGUAAAAGCAAGUGUAGAGAAUACUAGUGAAAUUUAUUUUCCGCAUUGGAUUUACGAUCAUUUGGACCAAGUUGGAGAUUUACAGGCUAUUGAAGUGACAACAGAAUCAGAAGAAUUGGCGAAAAAGAUGAUCUUAGUUGGUUUGUGGUGCACACAGACGAUGCCCGGGAGUCGACCUUCAAUGAGCAGGGUAGUUGAUAUGUUGGGAGGAAGCAUCAGUGACUUGCAAUUGCCUCCAAAGCCGCAUCUAUGUUCUCCUUUGCAUUCAUUCAGAACUUCAUCUAAUCCUACCAGUUAGGAUGAUUUAACAAAUGCUAUUAUCUGCUUGUGCAAUGCUCGGGACAAUACAUUAUUAGACCUGGUGCUGUAUAUAAGACAAAGUCAAAGAAGAAUUGAGUCAUCUGGUGAUUAUUUUACUUCAAAGCUCUGAAAUGGAGAGUGUCAAGCUUAGUGUGCAGUGGCCAUCAUGUCUGAAGAAGAAUGCAAAAAGAUAAAAACAAAAGUGUCCUUCAUUCAAGUAUAUGUGCAACCCUUGAUAGGAACAACAUUUGCAAAGAUGAAUCUAAACCUCUAUAGCAUCUGCUUAUGUUCACGAAAGCUAUAUGCAGGUAGUCUUCCAGCUUUUCAGAAAAUGUGGCGAGGCUGAAAGAAGGGGAGAUGGAAGAGAUUGCACAGAGCCACCAUGUCAAAUGAAGGCCAGUUCACUGAUUAACCAAAGAUAAUUAAAGCAACAGCUAAGAGCUUAUUUUCUAAAGUCACUUUAUGUUUACUUCUGAUAGUUCUUUAUAAGUAACUUUACACUGCUGAUAGCGAAUUUUUGGAGGAUCUGUUUCUUUUCUUUUCUUGAUGGUGCGUUUGGAUGUACUACAAAAUCAUAAUAUUAUGUAAAUUUUGAAAUUUUUAA